AUGUUUCGUCGAAUUGCCCGCAGCACCCGCAGCGCGGCCGCGGUUCAGGUCCGCCACACAACAAUCCUCUCCGUCCGCAAAGGCGACAAAGAUUUAAUUGGCGACCGGCAGGUCACGCUGGGCGAGCGCAUUGUCGCGAAGAGCAGCGCCUGCAAACUGCGAAAACUCAACGAGAACGUCGUGAUUGGCUUCGCCGGCUCCACCGCAGACGCCUUUGCGCUGAUGGAGAAGUUAGAGAACAAACUGAACGACUUCCCCGACCAGCUCACGCGGGCGGCAGUUGAGCUCGCCAAGGACUGGCGCACAGACCGCGCCCUCCGCCGUCUGGAGGCCUCACUCAUCGUCUGCAACCGCGAUGAAACCCUCGAGAUCGAUGGCCAGGGCAACGUGAUCACGCCGGAGGAGGAUGGAAUUAUUGCCAUUGGCAGCGGCGGCACCUACGCCAAGGCCGCCGCCCGCGCCCUCAUCGAUGUGGAGGGCUACGACGCGGAGAAGAUUGCACGCAAGGCGAUGAAAAUUGCAACGGACAUCGACGUCUUCUCGAAUGGAACGUGGGAUGUCGAGAUUCUCACCCGCGAGGACACGCCAAAGGCUCAGGGCGAGGAGGAAGCCGCAGCGGCGGCAGAGAAGAAAGCGUAG